UGAGCAAUGGAGAAGGUGAUCGUUCAAAACUUUGUCAACGGAAAGUUUGUUCCGACGGAAAAAUAUAUCGAUAGUUUUGAUCCAUCGACAGGUGAAGUUUGGGCAAAGAUACCAGACAGUGGAGAGAAAGAAAUUAACGAUGCUGUCACCGCCGCCAAGGCAGCGUUUCCGAAAUGGUCCAGCACUCCAGUUUUAGACAGGUCUAAACUUAUGCUAAGAAUUGCUGAUCUGAUUGAGGCAAGGCAAAAUGAGUUUGCUGAACUUGAGUCAAAAGACCAAGGAAAGCCAGUGUGGUUGGCUAAAACUGUUGACAUUCCACGCUUGAUGCACAAUUUUCGAAGCUACGCAACAUCAGUUUUACAUGAUGUGAACAGGUCCACAGUGAUGGAGCCUGUGGGAGCCAUUAAUUACACUGUGAGGGAGGCAGUGGGUGUGGCUGGACUCAUCAGUCCGUGGAACCUCCCCCUAUACCUCCUGUCCUUUAAGAUUGCCCCCGCCAUUGCCUGUGGUAACACUGUUGUGGCCAAACCCAGUGAGAUGACAUCAGUCACUGCUUGGAAGCUUUGUCAGAUAUUUGAGGAAGCAGGUGUGCCACCUGGAGUGAUUAAUAUUGUAUUUGGAGUUGGUCCCCAGGCAGGAGAAGCUCUCGUCAAACAUCCUGAUGUACCCCUGAUAUCAUUUACCGGCGGGACUGUUACUGCCAAAAAAAUUCGGGAAGCUGCUGCUCCUUACUGCAAAAAAUUCUCCUUGGAGCUUGGUGGAAAAAAUGCUGCAGUAAUUUUUGAUGAUGCUGACUUGGAGAAAUGUUUAUCAACUUCACUUAGAUCAAGUUUUGCUAAUCAAGGGGAAAUCUGCCUUUGUACAAGCAGGAUUUACGUACAGAAGCAACUUUAUCCAAAGUUUCUAGAGAAAUUUGUCACUGAAACCAAGAAAAUAAGGGUUGGUGAUCCAAGAAAUGAGAAGACAUUUAUGGGGGCUUUGAUAAGUAAAGAACAUUUGACAAAGGUCAAAGGUUAUGUGGAUUUGGCUGAAAAAGAAGGAGCAACAAUUGCAUGUGGUAAAGAGGAUUUGAAUCUGGAAGAUGGCAACAAGAAUGGAUAUUUCAUGAGACCCACUGUCAUAACUGACGUGAAGGAUGACUCUCGUUUGAUGAAAGAAGAAAUUUUUGGCCCAGUGACUUGUAUUGUGCCAUUUGACACAGAGGAAGAGGCAAUAAGACGAGCCAAUGACGUGGAGUAUGGCUUAUCAGCCACUGUGUGGACUGAGAAUGCAUCUCGACUUCACAGAGUCUCCAAGUCUCUACAGGUUGGGACAGUGUGGGCUAACUGUUGGCUUGUGAGGGACCUGAACAUGCCAUUUGGAGGAGUCAAGAAUUCAGGGGUCGGAUUUGAGGGCAAUACCGAUUCUCUUGAAUUCUUUACAAAUGAGAAAACAAUUUGUGUGAAACUAUAAACAAAAACCUAAGUUGUAUUUCUCUUACUCAUAAUUUGAAAGUAUGAAAAUUCUAGGCAAAUGCAAUCAAAGCCCGAGAUGAUUAAUCCUGCACAUUCUAAUUACACAAUAUUCUUGAUAGCUUUAAAAAAAAUUAAUCUUCCUACUUCUGUAUGAUGUUACAUUUGUUCCUGAUCAGAUUGGUACUUGCCUUUAUUCUCCAGAGGGUAAAAAAAAUCACAGUCUCAAUAAAACUUUUUUAAAAAGUUAAUAUUCUGUAAAAUAAAAUUAUGAUUUUUGACUUCAAAGACUUGUUAAACACUACAGCAGAUUCAAACAAACAUGAUAGAAAAUAUGAAAACUCAAACACCUAUGAAUUGACAUCUCUAUACAAUAAGUGCUAUGUAUGACAUCACUGUGCUUUACAGAUAACUUCAUUUAUUAACAGCUGCUCUGCUUGUUUGCUUGUUUGUUUUAUUUGAUAUGUUCUGUUUGUUUGCUUGUUUGUUUUAUGUGAUAUAUGUCUGUUUUAUGUGAUAUAUGUUUGUUUUAUGUGAUAUGUUUUAUAAAUACUGAUGUAUUGUUGAUCCAUGUAGUUUCUUUAUGAAGUAAGUCACAUACUUUUCUCACACAUUCCAGAUCUAGACCAAAGUUUAUUUGCAUAAUAUGCAUGCAUAAAGCAUUUAUUAUUUCAUAUAAAAAUGGAUUUUGGUACAUGUUGUGAUGUAGGGCAUACAUGUAAGGCAUAAUACUAUAUAUUGUACAUGUAAGUUCAUGUGCCUUGAAUAUUGUUUGAAAGGCAAUUAUCUUAAGGAAAAGAUCUUUUCUAUGUUUCUAAUUUUGAAGAGAAAAAAAUAAACAGAAAUUG